CGUCUGCCAUCUGGGGUUUACACAGUUUGAGAGCUCAGAGUGCUGCUUGGGCAGGAGGAGAAAGCUGGUCGGGAGAAGCGAGAUGGCGGGGAACGUCCGCCGCGCUGCGGUGUUCUUGGCCGUCUGCUUGGCGGCUCGAGCGGCUUCGGCGAUCCAGGAUGGGUUGCUGCCGAAUGGCAACUUCGAGCAGGCGCCGCCCAAGUCGCAACUCCACGGCACGAGGGUGAUGGGGCGCUACGCGAUCCCGCACUGGGAGAUCUCCGGCUUCGUGGAGUACAUCGGCUCGGGCCAGAAGCAGGGCGACAUGCUCCUGCCGGUGCCCGAGGGCGCCUACGCCGUGCGCCUGGGCAACGAGGCCUCCAUCCAGCAGCGGAUCGCACUGACGCGGGGCGCGCACUACUCCAUCACCUUCAGCGCGGCGCGCACCUGCGCCCAGGCCGAGCAGCUCAACGUGACGGUCGCCCCCGAGUCCGACAUCCUCCCCAUCCAGACGGUCUACACCAGCAGCGGCUGGGACUCCUACUCCUGGGCCUUCGAGGCAACCGGCAGCGUGGUGUCGUUCAUCGUCCACAACCCCGGCGUCUCCGAGGACCCGGCCUGCGGCCCCCUCAUCGACUUGUUCGCCAUCAAGACCCUGCCGCCUCCUAAGAGCAGCAAGAAUAACCUGCUGAAGAAUGGAGACUUCGAGGGGGGCCCCUACAUCUUCCGGAACACGCCGUGGGGGGUGCUCGUGCCGCCCAUGGACGAGGACGACUACUCGCCGCUGUCCCCAUGGAUGGUCCAGUCGUCGACCAAGUCGGUGAAGUACGUCGACGCGCCGCACCACGUGGUGCCUCACGGCGCCCGCGCCGUGGAGCUGGUGUCCGGCAUGGAGACCGCGCUGGUGCAGGACGUGGUCACCGUGCCCGGGCGGCCCUACAGGCUGGAGUUCUCGGCGGGGGACGCCGGCAACGGCUGCGCGGGCGCCAUGACCGUCCAGGCGUACGCGGGGCGCGGGAGCGUGCGGGUGCCGUACCAGUCCCAGGGCAAGGGCGGGCACACGCGCGGCGCGAUCGAGUUCACGGCGGUCGCCAACCAGACGCGGGUGGUGUUCGUCAGCAUGGCCUACAACAUGAAGCCCGAGGGCACGCUCUGCGGGCCCGUCGUCGACGACGUCUCGCUCGUGUGCACCCGCAAGCACGCCGCUCGCCGCUUGCUGCUGUGAUACUGCUACUAAUUAACAGGAUUCAUUAUUCAUUGGUUGAUGUGAACGGCUGUGAGUGUCCUUGAAUUCUUGAACGGUGAUCAUAUAUAGAUACUUGCAUCUUUGUUUUUCUUUUUUUUUCUUUUCUUGAGCGAAAGUGCGAAACCAAUGAAUUUGCUUCUUUCUCGGUGUAAAACUACAGUUCGAUUUGUAUCACGGACAGAACCAGCGGAUGCGCUCAAAACAACAAGAUGAACAGUUUGAGAUUCAGACUUGUUAUAGCAGCUCUGAUGUAUAUGCUUUUCCAUGUGAUAGAAUGCUUGUACAUUGAGCCAUA